AUAUCCAAACUCUUACAUGGCUCCUGGAAAUUUCACCCGGGUCACUGAGUUUAUUCUCACAGGCGUCUCAGACCAUCCAGACCUCCAGAUCCCACUCUUCUUUGUGUUCCUGGUCAUCUAUGGACUGACCGUGGCUGGGAACCUGAGCAUCAUCACUCUCACCAGUGUUGACUCUCGACUUCAGACCCCCAUGUACUUUUUCCUCCGACAUUUGGCUGUCAUCAAUCUUGGCAAUUCUACUGUCAUUGCCCCUAAAAUGCUCAUCAAUUUUCUUGUAAAGAAGAAAAUCACCUUCUACUAUGAGUGUGCCACCCAACUGGGAGUGUUCUUGGUCUUCAUCGUAGCUGAGGUUCUCAUGUUAGCUGUGAUGGCCUAUGACCGCUAUGUGGCCAUCUGUAACCCCCUGCUCUACAUGGCGGUGGUGUCUCGGCGGAUCUGCCUUCUGCUGGUGUCCCUCACAUACCUCUAUAGCUUUUCCACAGCUGUUGUGGUUUCAUCUUGUGUAUUCUCUGUGUCUUAUUGCUCUUCCAAUGAAAUCAAUCAUUUUUUCUGUGAUACUGUUGCUCUGCUAGCAUUGUCCUGCUCUGAUACUUACUUUCCAGAAACAGUAGUUUUUAUAUCUGCAGCUACAAACUUGAUUUUUUCCUUGAUUAUAGUUCUAGUAUCUUAUUUCAACAUUGUUUUGUCCAUUCUAAGGAUAUGUUCAUCAGAAGGAAGGAAAAGAGCCUCUUCCACGUGUGCUUCACAUAUGAUGGCAGUCACAGUUUUCUAUGGGACUCUACUCUUUACGUAUGUGCAGCCUCGACCUAACCAUUCAUUGGAUACUGGUAAAUUGGCUUCUACGUUUUAUACACUGGUGAUCCCCAUGCUGAAUCCCAUGAUCUACAGCCUGCGGAAUAAGGACGUGAAGGCUGCUUUAAAGCGGUUUUGGACAAAUUUAUGCUGUUCUUUAAAUCAAUGUGAUUUUAGAACUCUACAGGCAGAUGAAGAGAUGUUUAAGAUAGGCUGCCAUUGUGUCGGAGAAAGCAAAGGGUCGGUGGCUGACCUAUAG